AUGUACCGUAUCGUAUCGUAUCGUAUCGUAUCGUAUCGUAUCGUAUCGUAUCGUAUCGUAUCGUAUCGUAUCGUAUCGUAUCGUAUCGUAUCGUAUCGUAUCGUAUUGUGUCGUGAUGCAGAAAAGCAUAUCCUUUUGUCCAGAGAAGAGAAGAGAAGAGAAGAGAAGAGAAGAGAAGAGAAGAGAAGAGAAGAGAAGAGAAGAGAAGAGAAGAGAAGAGAAGAGAAGAGAAGAGAAGAGGAGAGAAGAGAGAUGCAGAGAAAUGAAAUGAAAUGA